CACUUAUCCGACGAGCUCCUUACGGCUAUAGUAGCACGUUUAGAAGACAAGGACUGGAGAGUUACAAAGGCUGCCUUAGGUGUCUUGCAAGCCCAGUCCAGCUUAUCCGACGAGCUCCUUACGGCUGUAAUAGCACGUCUAGGAGACGAGGACUGGAAUGUUAGAUGGACUGCCUCAGAUGUCUUG